AUGCAUUUGCUUAUACAACUAACUGUUAUGGUGGUAGCCUUCAUCUCUCAUGAACAUAAAGUCGUAGCACAAUAUGUACAACCUUACACUUCCAUAGUUGUUCCAGUAAUCAAACAUACCGAUGCUGCUAAGCCUCUCUAUAGCGUUCAGAUCAUGACAUCAUUUGCAAACUCACAAUACAUGAAAGCAAACUUCCUUAUAGACAUCGACGCUCCACUCAUAUGGCACGAUUGCAUCCUCAAGUGGAACAUUUCCCCUGGUAGUUGCCCCAGUAAUACGCUUUGCACAUCUCCUGUUUCUUGUGAAGAAGAUUAUUGCACAGAUGUCCGAACUACUUACUCAUACGACAAUCCUUCCUGCCCUCCGGUGACCAACAGUUCGACGUUACCUGGUUGGGGAUACUGUACUUGUCCGGUCAACGUGGUGGACCCGGUUACCGGAGCUUGUGUCCAAGCCCUGCUCAACUAUGAUGAUUUCACUGUUAACACAAGUAAUGGUAGCAAUGUUUUCUCUGGUUUAUAUGGUCCUUCCCCUAACGCUGCAUGUGCUCCUACUUCAUCGUUUGAAUCAUUCCCAGUAAAUGUUAAUGGCGUCAUGGCAUUUUCGUCUUCACCUUAUGCGUUACCCGCUUAUUUAUACCAACCACUUAAGAAAAUUUUAGCUUUAUGUUUGCCUAGCAACUCGUCUGCUCCUGGGGUUUUAUUCUUUGGAAUUGGUCCCUAUUCCCUACUUCCCCACUCGGAUGUCGACUUAAGGAGUUUACUUUCUUAUACUCCUUUACUAAAACAGCGAGAUUCUUUUGGAUAUUUUAUCGAUGUCAAAUCCAUUGUAAUUAAGCAUGUAUCUAUCGACAUUCCUGAGCAUGCAACUAGUAAGUUUAGCACAACCGAGGCAUACACCACUCUUAGAACUGACAUCUAUAAUCGUGUGAUUCAGACAUUUUCGAUGGCCACAAUAGGAAUCCCUCAUGCAAAGCCAGUCGCACCAUUCACGCUCUGUUUUAGGACCUUCGACAUGGGCACGAGAGUGGGAUUAAAGUUUCCUGACAUGGAUUUCAGUCUCCCGGAUGGGAAGAAGUGGACUAUAUCCCCGACUAACUCAAUGAAACAAGUAACGAAAGAUGUGGUGUGUCUGGCGAUUGUAGACGGAGGUGUUGCAACUGAACAUUCAAUUGUGAUUGGGACUUUUCAGUUCGAGGAUAACUUUAUAGUAUUUGAUUUAGAGAACUCGGCUUUUGGGUUUAGCUCAUCACUUUUGGGUGAGCAGACUUCAUGUGCCAAUUUCAACUUCACGAUCACAUGA